CAUUUUACUAAUAACAGUAAACUACCAUAUAUUUUAGACCAUGUUCAGAAUAUCGUGUUGGUUUCUUGUUGGUUUCUUCUUUUCAGUUCAUUGUCUGCAAAGGCAAUUUCUGUAUUCCAGAUUGGAUAAACAAGUGGCCAAUUCAUCCCUUGCAGUGUUUUUAAGUGGCGCAUCAAGUCUUGCUCAUUGUGCAGGACAUUGUCUGGUAGACGAAUACUGUGUUGAGAUUCUUUACAGCGAGACGAGUCAACGGUGUAUUGGACUACAUUGUGUACAAAAGGGAAGCUCCUCGUACCAGUAUGUCGUCCUGGAAUCUCUACAAUGUCUACACUAUGAAAAAGACAUUAAUUGGGUAGAACAUUCUGGCCACUAUUAUUUCUAUGGAGAAGAAGAACUAACAUGGGCGGUCGCUAAGCUAGAAUGCCAGAAACUAUGUGCAUACCUGGUAGAAAUUGAAACUCAAGAAGAAUCGGAAUGGUUGGCGGCUACGUUUAUUAUGAAAGAAAGUUGUCCUCCUAACGUUUACACAACAUGCUCAGCUUGGACCGGUGGGAAUGACCUUGACUCUGAAGGUCAAUACGUGUGGGACCACUCGAACACGACAAUCGGCUUUUCUUACUGGCAACCAACAGAGCCAAGCUUAGGCGCCCCUGAUAAGGCUGCGGUUCGUGACUGCAUCGACGUGUUUAGAAAUGGGAAAUGGAAUGACAGAGUGUGUACUCAUUUAAAGCCAUUCAUCUGUGAAAAAAAUGCGUAA